UGGAAUUGUUAUUAACAUAAUUGCAAUUGCUAUCAAUAUAAUUAAUGGAUAAACGUAAAUAAUGCGAUAAGAUGGCUACAUCCUCUGAAAUAUAUAAAUAUAGCGAAACUGAGUCAAAGCCAAAUCUCGCCGAAACCGUCCUAGGAGAUUGCAUCAAAGUUGAGAUUCCAAGCAUAAAUCCCGCCAAAGGAAAUGACAUUGGCAACACCCCUCAAACGGAUCCGGGCACUAAUCUACCGCACGCGUGCGAGAUCUGCCACGAAUCGUUUUUCACUCCAUAUGGCUUGAAAAUGCAUUUAAUGGCCCAGCACAACGCCUACAUGUGCAACGUUUGUGAUCUUCUCUUCACUGACUACGCCCUACUCAGAAAGCAUCGUAAAACUCACCCCAUCCUGAAGCGAAAGGCAAAAAAUGAGCAGCGUUUCAUCUGCUCCAUAUGCGGGGUUAAUUUCGCGGAGGCAAUCUUGCUGGACAAUCACCGCAAAAGCGUCCACCCGGCGGAGAAAAGGUACGAAUGUGACACCUGUGGGCAGAAGUUUACCACCGACGCAAAACUGGACAAGCACAUGCUGGUGCACACGGAUAAAAAUCCUAAUUUUUGCGACAUCUGCGGGAGCCAUUUCACCACGAACUCCACUCUGCACACACACCGGAAGCGAGUGCACUCGCUGCAUGCACCCUAUCAGUGUCCGCACUGUAAGGAAAGUUUUAAAAACAACGACGAGCUGCUGCAGCACGGGUUCGUUCACCGUAAGCGGGAUCAUCUCGAGUGUAAGCUGUGCGGUAGGAAAUUCUACCAGCGGCAAAGCCUGGCUGGUCACAUGAAAAAGGUACACGAGAGCCAAGCUUCAACGCCCCAAAUGAAAUUGAGUGAACAGAAGUCACAACCGCCUGACGGCGAAAAUCCCCCGUUGAAACCAUUCCAGUGUGACAUUUGCGGUAAAGCAUUCCGUCUAAAGGCACUGCUAACGGCGCACAAAAAGUGCCACACGGAUGCGAAACCGUUCGUGUGCGACAUCUGUGGCAAGGAGUUCCGGAUGAAGAAAAUGCUCCGAGCUCACGAGCCGGUGCACACCAAGGAGCGACCGUACACGUGCAACAUCUGCAACAAAUCAAUGGCUUCACGAGGUUAUUUAACAAUUCACAUGCGCAUUCAUACUGGUCAACAUUUGCACAGAUGUGAGCUGUGCAACAAAGGAUUCCAGAAUCGGCGGGAAUUGCUGGGCCAUCACCGAGGGGUGCACACCGGUGAACGGCCGGAAGAGUGUGAUAUUUGCGGGAAAACGUUCGUGACCCGGGGGCGAAUGCUGCAGCAUAGGCACCUACAUACGGACGAAAAAACUCAACACUGCGACGAAUGUGGCAAAGCGUUUCGCACUCCGCAGCAGCUGCGAAGGCACCGGACGAUUCACACCGGAAAGAGCAUUGCCGAUUGUGAGAUUUGCGGCAAGGGUUUCCUGGACAAGCACUACCUCAAGAUACACAUGGUGAUGCAUACGGAUGGAAAGCUACCGCACCGGUGCGAGCUGUGCGAGAAAUCGUUCUCGACCAAGGGUAAACUGGCAACGCAUCGUGGGAAAUGUCACGAGUGUAAAUUUUGCGAGUUAAAAUUUACGCGCGUUGCGGAACUUCGCAGCCACGAGUGCGUUUGUUCGGCGGAGGAUACUUACCGCUGCGAUGACUGCAGCCAAGGGCCAUUUAUAGCGAAAGAGUUGGUUGAGCAUCGUUUGUUGCAGCACAGUGCUGAUAGUGGCACCGUAGCGGGGAUAGAGGGGGGACACGAGUAA